GUUUCAAAUUCGCAUGUGUUGCUGGUUCAUUCUCCCGGGUCUGUGAGCUGAAACUAAUUAGAAACACAGUUUAAAGUAGCUUCAAAGAAAUAAUAUUAUCCGAAUACAGUGGACCGGCUACCAAGGCAAUGGAGGUAAAUGCCAGCAAGCUACGAUUUUGUGCACAGCGACUUUUACAGUUGACUGCCAGCGAGCCCCAAGACAAUGUGUUUGUUCAAAAUGUACAAAAGUUCAUCAGGAAGCAGAAAUAUGUGCCACAAGACGUGGAGCGUCUGUUCGGCAGUCUCAGCGAGCAACUUGCGUGUCCCGCCUACACCGUGCCCCUGGCUGUGAGCUUUGAGGAGCAGCUGCUGCUGUUGCUAAGCAUGGCCCUGCGGUGGGACUCUGCUGGCCAUGAUCUCCAUCAAUAUCAGAGGGAGUGCAUUGCGCUGUCAAAGCUUAUGGACUUAUCAGUGGAUGCCCAAAGGUUUGCAAAGAGUUACUUUCGCAACAAGCCAGCUCCAUUCGAGAAGAUCCAAAGUAAUGCCAGUGUACCCAGCAAAAGGGCAAAGAACGCAAAGAGCGGUCAAAAGUUGGAUGAGCUGCCACUCCUAAGAUGUUGCUACCAGUUGCUGCGAAGUGAUACGUCCUACUUCCGGGAGUUGUGGGACUGGUCCGGCUUCAUUGCCACCUACUCGCACCUCAAGACCCCAUGCCCGAUGACACAACUCUACUGCAACCACAUCAUGGCGAUGCUCACCAACAUGAGCCCCACACAGCUGAAUGCAGAAAAUGCCAAAAUAUCCACAGACGCACAGCUGCGAUUCGAACGCGAGAAGGAACAGACAUGGGCCAUAGCCAGGCAAUCCGAAAGCUGCUGCUAUUCACCCGAUGAUGAUGAUACGCCCGAGCAGAUACUCAGCCUGAGCCCCAACCAGAAUGUGACCAACAUUGAGGGCGUGCUCUUGCCGACAUUUAACGCGAAGAACCAGGAAUUCUAUGCCAGCACUGAUGGCUGCUACGAUCGCAUUGUAAAGGUGGACUCGACGAUUGUAAAUCUGCGGAGCAUUGCCCUCGGGGUGGCAGCAGCCAAGCCCAUUUGCCUGUCCGGUCCUGUGGGCUGUGGCAAGACAACGCUUAUUGAGUAUCUGGCCCGCAAGACUGGACGCAUUUGCCCCAAGCCAAAGGAGAUUGAAACGCGCGAAAAGGCGCUGCGCAAGGCCGAAGAAGACGACAAAUUGCUGACACCGAAAAAGGGGAAAAAGGGGAAAGAAAAGAAGCGAAAACUGGUGGAGGAGGAUCUUCCCAUUGACCAGGCAUUGCUGGAUCUGGGUGAAAUGGCGCAAAAACAUGGCUUUCUGCGGAUACAACUGGGCGACCAGACCGACAGCAAAAUGCUAUUGGGUCAAUAUCGGUGCACAGAUGUGCCUGGCGAAUUUGUUUGGCUUCCUGGUGUCCUCACGCAGGCGGUCAUGCAUGGCUACUGGCUGCUGCUGGAGGAUCUGGAUGCUGCCACCCAAGACACCUACACCAUUCUCAGCAGUCUGCUGGAGAGGCAAUGCCUGAGUGUGCCCGGCUUUCGGGACUCUGUGAAGAUUGAGCCGGGCUUUCAGUUGUUUGUGACAGUGCGAACAAACAAAUCGGCCAGCAAUUCGGGCCAGAGAUCACUCUACUCGCUGCUGGAUAAAUAUCUGUAUACGAUCAACGUUCUGCCGCUCUCCCGCAACGAGCUGUGCAAGGUGGUCAGCACCAACUAUCCCAAGCUGGCUACUGUCGCCAAUCGAGUGGUGGACGUGUUCCUUACCUUCUCCAGUGGCAAUCACAUGGCCGCCGAUAAUCUGCGUCAGCAGGAAUCAAACGACAAGGCGGACAACACGGAAAAGUAUGUGGCGCUGCCCUUUGAGCAGGUCACACUCUCCUCCAGUCCCAACUCGGGACGUCUGGUCUCGACACGAGAUCUGGUGAAGCUGUGCCAGCGCUCGAAUGCCCAGUUCUCGGUGACCAGCGCCGAGUGUGCCUACUUUGUGUUCCAGAAUGCCGUCGAUGUGUUUUGCUCCUAUCUGCCGCAGAGCAGGGAGAAGAUCACCCUGAUCACGAGCAUCGGGGCCAAGCUGGGCAUCAUUCGCUCCAGAUGCGAGCAUUUUGCCAAUGAAUACAAACCGGAUGUGGAUUUUGGACUGGAGAUUAUCAAAAUUGGACGUGCCAGCCUGCUGGCCAAGUCCGAGCUGCUGUCCAACAAUGAAAAUGAGGACCAGAUUUCAGAGCAAGACCUGAAGCGACAGAAACUCACCCAACAGACAAGGAGGGCCAUCGGCCAGAGCAGCGUCAAGCGUGCAACCUUCUCGUUUACACGUCUCGCCAGCUGCAUCUUGGAACGGAUCGCCGUCUGUGUGAGCCACUCGGAGCCCGUGCUGCUGGUGGGGGAGACGGGCGUCGGCAAGACCUCAUCCGUGCAGUAUCUGGCCGAGCGCACCGAACACAAGCUGGUCGUGGUGAACAUGAACAACCAGUCGGAUGUCUCGGAUCUGGUGGGCGGCUUCAAGCCCGUCGAACUCAACUAUGUACUGUUGCCGCUGCGCUGCGAGUUUGAGCAUUUGCUCUGCGAGACCUUCAAUGCCGAAAAGAACAUGCAGUUCCUGCGGAUCUUUGCCACACACUACAACGGUGGCAGGCACAGCGUCAUCAUACGCACCAUGAUCAGCCUGUGCCAGCAGGUGUUCAAGAAUCCGGACCUUAAGAGCCACCAGAUGGUGCCGCGUUGGCGCACGCUGUCCGAGAAACUGCAGAAGCUGCAGACGCAGCUGGACAAGAGCAUAAACAUUUCGUUUGCCUUCAUACCCGGCUCCCUGGUAAACUGCAUCAGCAAUGGAGAGUGGGUGCUGCUGGAUGAAAUCAAUUUGGCAUCGGCCGAGACCUUGGAGUGCCUGUCGACCAUCCUCGAGCCGGAGGGUUCGGUGGUGCUGCUGGAACGGGGCGAUUUCACGCCCGUUAAGCGGCAUCCGGACUUCCGCAUCUUCGCCUGCAUGAACCCCAACACGGACAUUGGCAAGAAGGAUCUGCCCGUGGGCAUACGCAAUCGCUUCACCGAAUUCUUCGUGGACGAACUGACGACGGACGCGGACCUUAGUCUGCUCGUGAGCGACUACCUGGCCAACACGGGCAUCCAGCGGAAGUCUGUGCACAGCAUUGUCCAGCUCUACAAGUCGCUGCGUCGCCUCUCGGAGCUCCAGCUGAACGACGGGCUGGGCAAUCGUCCCGUUUACUCGCUGCGCACCCUGUGCCGCAGUCUGCGCAUCUGUGCCCGGAAUCUGUGCGGCUCCAUCGAGCGGAAUCUGUACGAGAGCUUCUGCCUGAGUUUUCUCACCCAGCUGGAUCCCGAGUCGCAUCAUGUGGUGCUGCUGCUAAUCCGCAAUGCCCUGCUGAGCAACGUCAAGGCUGUGCUUAGCAAGCAGCUGCCCCGAUUGGGGGAGAAUUAUCUACAAUUCGAGGGCUACUGGAUACAGCUGGGCGGCCUGGAGCAGCAGUCCUGCUCCCACUACAUCCUCACGGAGAGCGUGCAGAAGAAUCUGCAGGAUCUAGCGCGCAUCAUAUCGAUUGGCAAGCUGCCCAUCCUGCUGCAGGGACCCACCAGUGCCGGCAAGACCAGUCUGAUCGACUACGUGGCCCGUCGCAGUGGCAAUCGCUGUCUGCGCAUCAACAAUCACGAGCACACCGACCUCCAGGAGUACAUUGGCACCUAUGCGGCCGAUCUGGAGGGCAAGCUCACCUUCCAAGAGGGUGUCCUGGUGCAGGCCAUGCGGCAGGGCUUCUGGAUCAUCUUGGACGAACUGAAUCUGGCCUCCACCGACAUUCUGGAGGCGCUCAAUCGCGUGCUGGACGACAAUCGAGAGCUGUACAUUGCCGAGACGCAGACGCUGGUGAAGGCGCAUCCCAAUUUUAUGCUCUUUGCCACACAGAAUCCGCCCGGUCUGUAUGGCGGCCGCAAGACCCUUUCGCGUGCCUUCAAGAAUCGCUUCAUUGAGCUGCACUUUGCGGAUAUUCCGCGCGUGGAACUGGAAACCAUACUCGAGAAGCGCUGCCUCAUCCCACCCUCGUACGCCCGCAAGAUGGUCCAGUGCAUGACGCAGCUGCAGCAGCACCGCAAGAACACCGCCAAGCAGGUGUUCACCCUGCGCGAUCUCUUCCGCUGGGGCAACCGGUACACGCACGCGGACAAGUCGCUGCACGACGAUCCGCGCUACGACUGGAAUCAGCAUCUCGUCGAGGAGGGCUACCUGGUGCUGUCCGCCAAGGUGCGCACCCCCGACGAGCACCAGUUGAUCGAGCGGACGCUGCACUCGAACUUCAAGAAGAUCAUCGACCACCAGCUGCUCUUCGACAUCCAAACGGAGCGCGAGAGCUCCUCCCCGGUGAGCAGGCACAUCCUGCAGGCCAUACGCAACUUUAAGCUACGCGGAGACAUUGUGUGGACGAGGAACAUGACCCGCAUGGCCGUGCUGACGGCCAAGGCCCUGGAGUUCGAUGAGCCUGUGCUGCUGGUGGGUCCCACUGGCUGUGGCAAGACCACUGUCUGCCAGCUGCUGGCCAGCAUAGCCGAUGUCCAGCUGCGGAUACUCAACUGCCACAUGCACACGGAGGGAGCGGACUUUCUGGGCGGCCUAAGGCCCUGCCGCGGCCCGGACAGCACGCAGCUCUUCGAGUGGGCCGACGGACCGCUCAUCUAUGCGAUGCAGGAGGGCUCCUACUUCAUGGCCGACGAGAUAUCGCUGGCCGAGGACUCUGUGCUGGAGCGUCUCAACUGCAUACUCGAGACGGAGCGCACUGUGCUGCUGGCGGAGAAGGGGGGCGUCAAUCCCGACUCGGAUACGGACUUUGUGGUGCAGGCCAAGGCGGGCUUCCAAUUCCUGGCCACCAUGAAUCCCGGCGGAGACUUUGGCAAGAAGGAACUCUCGCCCGCGCUGCGCAAUCGCUUCACCGAGAUCUGGUGCCUGCCCUCCGACAACAAGGCGGACCUCAUCGAGAUCGCCCACAACUGCAUGGUCCGACAGGACGACGCGUCCAGCCGCAAAGUGGCCGAGUACCUGGUGGAGAUAGUUCUCCACAUGCGCCAAUCCAACGACAAGUUCAGGUUCUCUGUGCGCGACAUUCUCGCGUGGGCCAAUUACAUUGCCAGCAAUCGGCAUCUGAGCUUCGCCGAGCAGGCCAUCUUUGGGCUGGAGACCAUCUUCCUGGACGCCCUGGAAAUGCUACUCCACGAGCCGCAGGCCCAGGUGGAGCAGCUGAAGCGGACGAUCAUUGAGGAGGCCAUCAAGCAGGCUGCCCUGAUCCUAGGCGAGCACUUCACCCUCGCGGAUGUGACCCAAAAGCGGGGCGAUAGAGUGGAGAUGGAUGCGGCCAGCUUUGGCCUGCGACCCUUCUACAUUGCUGUGAACCAGGAGCGGCGCUUGUCGCCCGCCAAGGAGGAUGCUCCCUUCUUCUUUGAUGCCCCCACCACCAAGCAGAAUCUAUUCCGUCUGCUGUCGGCGCUCUCGUUGCAGAAGCCGGUGCUGCUGGAGGGACCGCCGGGCGUUGGCAAGACAUCCAUUGUGGAGAGCAUCGCGGCGGCCAUUGGCUACCAGAUUGUGCGCAUCAAUCUGUGCGAGCACACGGAUCUGGCCGAUCUCUUUGGCACCGAUCUGCCAGCCGAGGACAAUUUGCUCGAGUCCAACAGGCAGGAUGCAUCGAAGGCGGACAUUGGCAGCUUUGUGUGGCGCGAUGGACCCCUCUUGGCCGCCCUGAAGGCUCAGAAUACCUGGAUACUGCUCGAUGAACUCAAUCUGGCGCCCCAAUCUGUGCUCGAAGGACUCAAUGCCGUUUUGGAUCACCGCGGGGAGGUGUACAUACCCGAGCUGAACAAGAGCUUCCAUCUGGCUGGCAGCACGCGCAUCUUUGCCUGUCAGAAUCCGCUCAAGCAGGGCGGCGGACGCAAGGGCUUGCCCCAAUCCUUCCUCAAUCGCUUCACCAAGGUCUACCUGCGCAAGCUGACCACCGAGGAUCUGCUGCAUGUGGUGCAGGUCAAGUACGGCGGCUACUUUGAGCAGCUGGGCAGCCAUUUCAUCUCGCUAUUGGACCAGCAACCAGAGACUGAGAUUCCUGUCCAGGGCAACCUCUUUGACCUGUACAAUGGCAAGGCAACCACCGAGGAGGAAUCCACAAGAACCUUUGAUUUGGCAGCUCGUCUGGUGCGCUUUUCGGAGCAGCUGGACGGCGGCGUGGCCACCAUGGAGUUUGGCUACAGGGGCGGACCCUACGAGUUCAAUUUGCGCGACAUUCUGCGCUGGUGCGACCUGCUCCACAAUCCGCAAACGGGCUACAUCAUCAAGGCGACGCCUCAAACCUCCUUUCGGUCCGCCUUUCGUGAAUUUCUGCUCACACUGUACGAACGCAUGCAGCUGGUCUACUACCAGCGGAUGCGCUGCGACCAGGACAAGAUCUACAUACGGAAUGCCUUCGCGCAUGUCUUCCACUGCGAUGCGGAUCAGCUGAAUGCCGUGGCCGAGGAUGUGGCGCUCUACUGGACGGCAGACAGGGUGUAUCUCAAUGAUGUGGUGCUGCAGCGGGAGCAGGUCGACAGCCUGGACAUGGCUAUGGCUACGCAGCAGGAGCACAACGCUCCCCUGCUACUCCAGAGUCAGCGGCAGUUGCUCAAGCAAAUUGUCGAGACGGUGCACAUGGAGAAGCCGCUGCUGCUCUGCGGCGCCACGGACAGUGGCAAGACCAAGCUGAUUGACGCCCUGUGUGUGCUCUCGAAUCGGGUGUGCAAUACGGACAUCAUUGACGACUCUGUGACGGGCAGUUUCCAGCAGAUUGAUCUGAAUCGACAUCUGGAAGCCAUUUACAAGCGAGUGGAGACUCUGGUCUUUGCCUCUGUGCAGAGGGCAUUCGUGCAGCGCCUACAGACAGACUUUGUGCAGCAAUUGUGGAGCUGCUGGAGCAAGUACAACAUGCUGGGCAAAGUGACAGAAGAAUCCCAGCAGCAGCACAGCAGCGUGGCCGAUGAACUGCUGUUCUUUGGCAAGCGUCUGCAUGCGCUCGGUCAGAUCAUUCAGAAGCUGGAGGUAACGCCCGAGAGCUGCCAAGCGGAGGCAUUCCAGCAGCUGGGUGAGAUCGGAACGCAGUUCAUGGUGCUCCAGGGAUACAUCAAGAGUGCGGAAUCGCUCAACACGGGCGGCUCCUUCGAGUGGGUGGACUCGCGCAUUGUGACGGCGUUGAAGUGCGGCCAAUUCAUGUUGCUGGAGCACGUGAAUCUCUGCUCCUCGGCUGUCUUGGAUCGUCUGAAUCCGGUCUUUGAGCCAAACGGAAAUCUACUGAUUGCCGAGAAGGGCAUCAGUGGCCAGGACAGCGCUGAGGUGGUCCAUAAAUCGCCAAACUUCCGAGCCUUUCUCACCAUCGAUCCCAAGAACGGGGAACUGUCGAGGGCCAUGCGCAACCGAUGCGUGGAGCUGUCAUUGUCCCGUGACGAGUACACCAUGGACGACAUGCGUGCCUUUGUCCACGGCCAGGGCGUGCACCAAACAGAGGCCAUUGACUGCAUCCUGGACAUACAUCGCGCCAUAAGCCAGCUGACCGAGUUCAACGGCUACUCCAUCUCGCAUCUGACACAGUUGGCGUUCCUGAGCGCCGCCUAUCGACGCAUCGGCUACCACCUGAAGCGGGCCAUCUAUGUGGCCGCCAUGGAGGUGUAUGUGUACUCGGCCAACACGGAUCUAAUGGGCUACGGGCUGUCCUACUACCAGAACAAGCUGCGCGAAGUGGUGCUCGCCCGCACGGAGCUCUACAAGGGAGAGGCGGCGAGCAUCGGUGAGGGUGCGGCGGAGGAGGAUCUGCUCAGCGAUGCCAUCAUCAGCACGGGGAAUCUCGAUGCUCUCAAGCUAAUCAAACUCCAGGCGGUGGCUCUUCGAGUGCUGCUGCGUGCCGCAGUCUCCCAAGAGGUGGCUGAGGUGCCGCAGCAGCAGCUCGCGUCGAUCUUCCAUCGAAUGGAGGCCCUGGACUUGAGUGGACUCAAUCUGCAGGAGCUGUGCCGCCACUUUAUCUACAUGCUGUACGAGUCGUCUGCCUUUGGCGAUCUCCAGAUGCGACAUCUUUACCUGCAGCCGUGGCUCACAGAGCAGCCAACGGAGGUCCAAGAGUUGGCCGAGAAACUAUGCAACUGUUUGGCCGAACAUGCCAGCGCCGCCGGAGGGCAUUCGCUGCUGCUGCUGAAUCUGCCAUGGAACCGGAAGCUCUUUCCCCGUCUGCGCGACUAUGCAGCGGCCGUAGAACAGGCGUCGCCUGCUGAUACCCUAACGAUCAGUGCCUCGCUUCUGGCUCGACUGCUGCUCCGAGAUGUGCCCAGCCUCAGCCAGGGAAACGCUGCCCCCAGGGUGCAGCUGAUGGACGCCCUGCAGUACUCGCAGGCUUUGCAGGAGGAGAAGGUUACAGAGAAAUACGCGAAUGACUUUCUGGCAAACCUUGGCCGCUUCCUGGAAGCUCUGCAUCGCGGAUUGUUGCAAGACUUGGCGGCAGCUCGCUUGGACCUGCCACAGUAUGCACAGCUCGUGACGCGGUUCCACUGGUUCAAUCGCCUGCUGGCCACAAGCCAGCAGAAGCUUCUCUACAACAACGAGAUAUUUGUGCCGCUGAUGCACAAGCUGGUGCUGCACUUUCAGUGGCUGCAAAAGCAUCUGCUGGCACCCGUGUGGCAGGACUUGAGCGGACAGCCAGUACUGGCGGAGAGUGUGCAGAAGCUCAGCCAUUAUGUGGCAGAGACGAGGCGUCCCCUGAAUAUAUCCUGCAAGAUAUACGGCAAGCAGUUUACCCAGUUCCAGCCCCACUAUCUGGUUGAUCAGAUCAAAUUGCAUUUGGACCUGGAACAACUGGAGCGCGACCUGAGCGUGGUGCCACGGUACGGCAGCUUGGAGGAGACUGUCUGGCUGAGAAGAUGGCUGGCCCUGCAGUCGGAUGAGGCGCACAAGUGGCGCUCGUUCCAGCGCACGCACACGCAGGGCUUUGCCGUAAAGACAUUCGAGCUAAACGGUUCCCUGGCGGAUGCGCUACAAACAUCGCUGCAGAGACUCCAAACGACGCUCAAGGAGGUUCCAGAAAUCACAUUAGAGCAUAGACUCUCCAUCGACAUGGACCUUGAAGGCCUCAGGACUCUGUUGAGUGCGCAAGAGCAGGAUGGGGAGGAAAAGGCGCAGCAGCAGAGCCAAGUAGACAUCGCUUCGCCGCAGCUUUUGAUGGCUGCCCUAAGGGAGUUCUUCAUGGAGCGCCUGUUGACGGGCACGCUGCAUGAGGACUCUGAGGACCAAGUGAAUCCCAUGUACACGGACCAGCUGCUCACGCUGAACAGCCAUCUGUGGCAGUGCCUCAACAGCAUGGACAGCGCCACACACGUACAGAUUCGCAGUGUCUGGCGGGAGCUGUGGCAGGAGUUGGAUCAGCUGAAGGAUGCCCAGGACUUUGGCCCGCUGCUAGAGAAGAUGGGUGCCAGCUACAAGGGACUGCGCACCUAUCAACGACAAUACCGCAACGCCCUGCAAUGCUACCAGUUGGGUAAUCUGUCCACGCGCCUCGACUGCGUGUUAGGACCUUCCUCCUUCGAGGAGGAGAAGGAUCUGUCCAGCCGCUACAGCUACCAGGGCCCCGCCCUGACCAGUGUCCUGCUGUCGCUCAUCUGCCAGAAGAACGGCCAGCUGCGUUCGGUGCCCAUCAGCCAGCUGCAAACGUGGCGCGCCUCGCUGCAACAGACACGCCAGCUGAUCUGGCAGAACGCCACACUGCUGGCUCCUGGCUACAGUGCGCGGGCCAACAACUGGCGGCAGGCGCGGGAGAGUGGCAGCCUGCUGCUGCAGGAGCUGGAGUACGUGACGCACCUGAGUCGCGGGGCACAGAAAUCGGACGCGGGCUUUGAGAGUUGCAGUACCGAGCUCCGCGCAAUGCUCGGCCAACUGCAGAGGAGCGAUGAGGAUUCCCUGACGGCCGCCUUCGAUGUGGCCUUCACCAAUGCCCUUGUGGGAGCUCUGGAACUGUGCCUGCUCACCCACGCCCCGCUGAUCGAUCCCGUGGAGAAGAACCGUCUAAAGAACCAGUACAUAACCGAGGACAUUGACUGUCUGCGGAACCUGACCACCGCCUACGACUUUAUGGGCAUCGUCAUGGACUACCGCCACUUUGGGGAGGAGAUCCACACGGAGCUGGUCACUCGCCUGCAGGCGGCCCGUCAGCGACAGCAGCAGCUCUCCCAGAAGCUCGCCCUGCGACCCGAUCAGUGUGUGUACGCCGCUCUUGUGCAGGAUCUGACGCAUUUCCUGCACUCGAACGGAGACUGCCAGACGCUGUACAACCUGCUGCGCGUCGUUCGCACGGAUUGGAGUGCUUUUGCGGGUGCCCAGGUGGCCACCAGUGGCCAGCAGAAGAGCACCAGCGAGACGCUUGGCAAGCUGCAGCUGUGGCUGGAAAAUGCCCAGAGAUUCGUCCAUCACACGCUCUCCCGCUACACCGCCUACUACCAGGACUUUGUGGAGCCCAUCAAGUGCGCCGUCAAUCAGCUGAGGUUCGGCCUGGAGACGCUCAAAGUGAUCUUUGCACGGGUGCAGCAGGCGGGCAACGUGACCCAAGCGGAGCAGCUGCAGCAGACCAUCGGCGAGAUUGUGCAGUUCCCCUCCCAGCAGCCGCUACGCAUACGAAACAGCCACCUGUACGGACUGCUAUCGGAACUGCCGCACUCGGAGCACGAGUACUUCCGCCUGCUGAAGGCCAAGCUGAGCGAACUGCGCAACUACAUCGCCCUCGCGUCGAGCAUCGACGAGGCAAGCUUUGCGGCCUACGACGAUGCUCUGAGUAUCUGCAACCAGACCUGGCAGCAGGAGGAGCAGCGUCGCUGCCAGCUCAAGGCGGAGGCGGAGAGUCUGUACGUGACCAAGAGCCGGGGCGGCGUGGACAGUGACGAGCUGGUGGAGCUGCAGGAAAUCGAGCAGAACUUCCCCACCCAUCUGGAGGACGACUUUGCCGAGUUUCUGGCCCAGCCCACACUCGAGCAGGUGCUGAAGCUCGACAAGAAGGCCGACAGCAAGGCGAAAUUGUCGCAGAUUGUGGCCGAACAGGAUUACGCCUUCCUGGCGCGCAACUUUAUCGAGGUGAUGGCCCGCCACACACCCGUCUACUAUCGGGAGCAGUCCAAGGAGACGGCAGCAGCAGCAGCAGAACUGCAUUUCCUGUCGCCAUAUCUGGCCCGCUUCCAGGUCUUUGCCCAUCUGCAUGGCCACUACAAGGCCGCUCUGGGCGCUGCGCUCGACGAGAGCGCCUGCAAUGGCCUGGCCUUUGGGCUGGCCCUGCAACAGCGCCAGCUGCGUGACAUCGAUCUGCAGGAGGAGGCGGGAGGAGCACACAAGAGCCAGCCGUACGACUACUACAAGGACUCGAACAUAGCCGAGGUGCAGGGCUGCAUGGACGUGCUGGGACGCAUCGAACGGCGAGUGGUGGAGCAACUGGAGCUGUAUCCAGAGCACGCGGGACUGGCCGACAUCCGACUGGUGAUUGGACGCAUCCGCAAGCUGCCCGCCCACGCCUGUGUGGUGCGCUUCAACACGGGCUUCCAGCUGCUGCGCCAGAAGGUGGCGCUCUGGAACGAGGUGGCCCAUCGCAAGAACAAUCUCGUGCCCGAGGAGAUGGAGGUGGCCGAGUUUGUGCAGCGCUGGACCAAGCUGGAGUUGCAGCACUGGCGCCAGUGCCUCAACCAGACCGCCGAGCAGGUGGAGCUGCAGGCGCAUCGCUACUGGUUCUUCAUCUACAACCUACUGCAGCAGUUCAUCCAGCAGAAGAAACUGGACCACUCCUACACGGACAUCAAGUUUGCCGAGCAGCGCUUCGGGCAGGAUCAGCUGCUGGACGCGCAGGAUCUGGGCGAGGCCAGUCGCGUCGAGCUGCCCCAAAUGGUGCGCAUCCUGCGACAGUUUGUGGAGGCCUCCGCCUACGGUGACUUCCAUGUGCGCCUUCAGCUGCUGCACGGCUUCGAGAUGUAUCUGCACAACGUGGAGCGGGCGGGCAAGAUUGAGGGGCUGCCGCCACUGAUUGCCGCGCUGCACAAUCUCCAGCUGUACUUCGCGCAGUUUGCGGGCGAGGUGGCGGAGAACGUGAAGGCGCGCCGGGCGCCCAUCGAGAAGAAAUUGCGCGAAUUCGUGAAGAUUCAGAGCUACAGCAAGGACCUGAGCUACUUCAGCAUGCGCAACAAUGUGGCCGGCGUGCACCGGAACCUCAACAAGUUCCUGAAGGAGUACAAGCUGGCGCUGCAGGCGAAGAUCAGCGAGGUCUUUCAGCCCAAGGACGCCACCGCCAAGGACUACAGUUUCGGCAACGAAAAGGCCAAGAAUCAGCGGCACCUCAACAAGAUUAAGUCACUGCUCGCCGACCAGCCGGCCUGCUUCCUGGCCAGCCAGCAGCUGCGCGACAGCUUCGCCAUCCGCUCGGAGCAUGUGGCCGACAAUGCGCUGCUGCAGCGACUGGACAAGCACUUUGCCACCGCCCGUCAUGUGGUGGAGGAGACGCUGGCGCAUGUGCCCUACGGGGAGCUAAUCACGGAGCUGGACGAGCUGCUGUCCAGCCAGCUGGAACGCUGCGAGCAUCUGCGCGCCCUCAAUGUGGACCGUAGCAAGGAGCGGCCACAGCAGAAGUUGCAGGCCAAGCAGAUUCUUCAGCAGAAGCGCAAGGCGCUGACGGACCUCUUCAAGACCCUCCAUCGACUGGGCGUCAGCUACAAAACGGGCCUCAUGGAGCUCUCGCUGCGCACCGAAUUCGAGGACUUUGAACUGCCGCCCUACUGCAUCCGGGCCAUGCUGCCGCGCCUGCAUCCCGGCUGGCAGCAUCUGAACGAGAACCUGGACCUCUACUUCAUGAAGAGCGUGUUCAAGCUGAAGCUGCUGCAGAACAUCAUGCUGACGCCGCUCUCGGAGCUGGGGCCGCCCAAUAUCGAGCGCAUCAAGGGCUUUGCCGUGGACAUGUUCCUGCUGGUGCAGCAGCAGCGUCAACAGCUCUCCGAUGCCACACGGCAGCUGCACGAGCUGCGCAACGCUUUGGCCAAUCUCCGGCAGGUGGCCGAUGCCAGGGAGCGGGCGGAGACCGAUCUGAAGUCGCUGGACUUUGCCCGCAGCGCGGAUGUGGGCGCUGAGAUGAGGCAGAAGCUCUGUCAGAUCCACUAUGUGCUCAGGCAGUGGCAGAUGUUACUCAGCUGUGCGCCCCCAAGCCUCUCAUCGCCGGAGAUCAAUGAGCACCGGGCCCUGGAACGGGCAGUGCCUCUGCCGCAGUCGCAGCUCCUGGAGCUGUGUGGUCAGAUCCUGGCGAGCAGCCAGAAGCUGCUGCACGAGCUAAACGGCACCAGCCUCGAGUUUGUGUCCACACACAAGAUGGAGCACUACCAGAAGGGCUACCGCCAGAUCCUCGAGACAAUUGAGAAGAUUCUCGCGCUGCUUCGAACCGAAUCGAGUGCACACCUGCCUGUGGCUCAGCCACUGCUGGAGCUGCUGUCCAAUCUUCAAGCUGAGACACACGCUCAGCCCUCGUCGCAGGAGGAGCAGGGGGAGCCCAUCGAUGUGGCCAACGCGGACACGGAACUGGCCAACAUUGCCCACUGCGUUCUGCUGUCCCUGCAGAAGAUCUACAAGCAGCACGCCCAAGCACAGCAGAACGGCAAGGAGGAGGAGCAGCAAACUGAGGCGCUGCAGGAGCAGCACCUGAAGAAGUGUCUGACCGGCGGUCUGGCUACGGACUGGCAGCUCCUGAGCCUGCCCCGCGUCCUCGAGAAGCUCUCCAAUGUGCUGCUGGUGCUGAAGCACGCCCAUCCCAGUGCCGAGAAGCUGCUGUGCCUGCGUCGCGCCGUGGCACUGAUCCCCAUCCUGGAGCAGUAUCAGCUGCUGGCCGACUACCUGCUGCUGCAGCAGCUGGGCACGCACAAGGUCUCGGCCAAGCUGCUGUCCGUGAUGCUGACGAUAUUCGUGGAGAUCGGCAGCAAGGGAUUCUGCGUGCCCCCCGACCUGAUGCAGGACGAGGAGGGGCAGUCGAAGCAGGACUCGAAGAACGGCGAGGGCUUCGGCCUGGAGGAUGGCACGGGGGAGAACGAUGCCUCGGAUAAGAUUGAGUCCGAGGAUCAGCUGGACGAUGCCAAGCGGCCGGAGGAUCGCAAGGACGAGGGCGACAAGCAGGAGCCCGACUGCAAGGAGGAGAAGGGCAUCGACAUGAGCGACAACUUCGAUGCCAAGAUGCAGGACGUGGAGAAGCCCGAGAACGAGGAGGACGACAGUGGCGAGUCCGAGGACGAGGAGGAGCUCAACAAGGAGAUGGGCGAGACGGAGGAGGGCGCCGAGAAGCUGGACGAGCAGAUUUGGGGCGACGACGAGGAGAAGCCCGAGGAAGAGGAGCCGGAACUGAACGAGGAGGAUCAGGGCAAGGGCAGCAAGGACGAGAAGGACACGCACAACGAUCUGGACACGAAGAACGAAGCCGCCAAGGAGGAUGGCCGCGAUGAGAAAGAAAAGGACGCCCUGGAUGCCACCAACGAGCCUGGUGACACCGAGGACAAGCGCAAGGAGCAGGCCAAGGACAUUGAUGACAUGAAUGAUCCGGAAAUGGACGAGGAGCAAACGAAUGCCGUCCACAACGAACUGGAGGAGCCGCCAGAGCCCGAGGAAAUGGAUCUGGGCGACAUGAACGACGUCGACGAGGGCCACGACGAGACGGAGGAGCCCACAGACGAGAAUCCCUUCGACAUCGAUGCCAUGAAGGAGAACAUGCAGCCGGCCGAGGACGCCGACGGCGAUGCCGAGGAAGAGCCAACAGAGGCGGACGCCCAACCAGAGAGCGAUGACAGCGACGACUCCGAAGACGAAACGGAAGCGGGCAAGGAUGCUGCUGAAGCUGGCCAAAAUGGCCCAGAAGACGAGGGAGAAGACCCAACACCGGAAGACGAGAAGGAGGAGCCCACGACACAGACGCGUGGCGAACUGGAAACCGAAGAGGAAGAGACACCCGCCGAUGCAGAGGACCCUGAGGAAGCCGAGAAGCGCGAAGAGAAGCCGGAGCAGCACACACAGUCGCAGGACAAGUCCAGCAAGGAGGAGAAUGUGCAGUCUGUGCCGGAGACCGAGAAGAGCAGUUCCGCGGAUCAGGUGCAGCAGCCGCAGGAUCAGGAUGUCAAGCAGGAGCAGAAAAUGGACGAGCAGGAAACGGGCGAGGAGAAGGAUGGCGUUGGCCAGGCCGAGAACGAUACCAAUGAUGGCGGCCACCAGGGCGUAGCCGAGACCCAGGAGACUGUGUCCCAGGAGGAGCGCAAGAACGAGAAGCAGACGCAGGAGAAGCGCAAGCAGGGACGCACCAACGAGGAGCGCACUCUGGGUGAAGCGGAGAAGAAUAAAUUGAAGCAACUGAAGACCAUUGACCAGAUGCAGGAGCCCAAAGAAACGGAAGAGUCCGAACAGCAGCAGCAGCAGCCGGAGGAAACAGAUCCGGCCGAGGCAGAGGAGUACCAGCACGUCAAGGACCCAAAGAACAGUGACAAGACAACGCUGGACAAUGCCACCGAAGAGCAAUCGAAGAAGAUUCAGCACCAAGAGGAGGAUGAGGCGCCCGCUGAAGAGACUGAAGCGGAGAAUGCCGAUGAAUUGAUGGACACCGAAGAGCCAGCACCCGAUCAGGAGGAGGACACACAGCUCGAGCAGCUGGGGGCUGAGAAGACGGAACAAAAGUCCGACAAACCCUCCAAAACGGAGCAGUCGAAGGAACGACUGGAGACACCCGAUGGCAUGGAGAUCGAGGGAGAGGUGGUCCCCACAAUGACAGUGCCACGCAGUGCAGAGACGACGGCGCACAGCAACAUCGAACUACUGAUGGACAAGAGCGCACAGGCGGAGGAGCUAAGCACGGGCCAGCAGAUGGAACUGCGACAGAUGUACCAGCAACAGUUGACCACAUUCCGCGGCACGCAGCCGCAGCACGAGGACUACGAGAACUGGCAGAGCAUAUCCAGUCGCAUGACCCAGAACGCUCGCGAGCUCUGCGAGCAGCUGCGCCUCAUAUUGGAGCCCACAAAGUGCACGCGACUGAAGGGCGACUAUCGCACCGGGCGACGCAUCAACAUGAAGAAGAUCAUUCCCUACAUAGCCUCACAGUUCCGCAAGGACAAGAUCUGGCUGCGACGCACCAAGCCGGCGCAGCGCGACUACAAGAUCACGAUUGCCAUUGACGAUUCCAAGUCGAUGCACCACAACAAUUCCAAGACGCUGACCCUGGAGGCCAUCUCACUGGUCUCGCAGGCCCUGACGCUGCUGGAGAGCGGCCGCCUGAGCAUUGUCUCGUUCGGCGAGGCGCCCCAGAUCAUCCUCAACCACACGGAACAGUUUGAUGGUCCGCGUUUGGUGAACGCCCUAAACUUUUCCCAGGACAAGACAAAAAUUGCCGGACUGCUGGACUUUAUGCGCACUGCAAACGCGGAGGAGAGCGGCCUGGGCGGAGACAAUGGUCUGUUUGAGAAUCUGCUGCUCAUCCUCAGCGAUGGCCGCAACAUAUUCAGCGAGGGCGCCCAGAAGGUGAAGAGUGCCAUCAAACUGGCGCGACUGCAGCGCAUCUUUCUCGUGUACAUUAUCAUUGACAAUCCCGAUAAUAAGAACUCAAUACUGGACAUACAGCAUGUGGCGGUGAACGCGGAUGGUUCGGUGAACAUCAGCUCGUAUCUGGACAGUUUUCCGUUCCCCUACUACGUGAUUGUCAGGGAUCUGAACCAGCUGCCGCUGGUGCUCAGCGAAGCCAUGCGGCAGUGGUUCGAGCUGGUGAACAGCGAGUGAACAUAGCAAUACAAAAUUACAGAUUGGUCUGUACAGCACUGCAGCACUGUAUCAUGAAGAUACGAGUUAUGAUUUCCAUUAUUGACACGUUUUUUAUGAAUAGGUUUAAGUAGAAAUGUUACGAGUUUAUCUGUAGAUGGAUUAGCUUUAUGAAUGGCCGGCCAGACUAGCGUAGUUUUAAGUGCACAUGUUCCCUACCAUUAUUAUUACCCUGUAAUAAAACCUUUCUUGAGAUA